AUGUCUUUCUCUCUUUUUCAAUAUUCUUCACGACAAUACUCAUUUAACAUUCGAACAUUAAAUAACAACUCGUUACUUCUACAAAGUCAAGAUUUACAUUCAACAAUUGUCCAUCCGUGUCAUCAUCCAAUUUCUCAUUAUCAACAAUUAAUAGUCAAACGAGAGUUUUCAUGGCAAUUCUGGAAACAACAGCCAAUAGCAACAACAAAUCCAAAUGAUCUUAUUUUACAAUCAACAUCAACAGAUCCAUUGGAAAACAAAUUUAAUUCUGUGACAAUACAACCGCCUAUAAUUGAUGAACCAUCUAUUGUUGCGGAUGAGCUUGGUUAUAUUCCUGAACCUCCACCAAUUCCGUCUGAUAUACCUAUUGAAUUUUUGUUAAAUGCUGCUGGUGAGCCAUCAUUAACAACACUUGGAUUUACCAAAUGGUAUUUCCCAACUGGAUGGGUUCAAUAUGGUUUAGAAUAUUUGCAUGCCGAUUUAAACAUGCCUUGGUAUGCAGCGAUAAUGCUUGGUACAUUCAUUAUUCGUUUGUUGACAAUUCCUAUUGCUAUUUAUAAUCAAAAAAAUGCUGCGAAUAUGGCUAAAACAAUGCCAAGGAUACAAGAACUUCAACAAAAAUUAACCGAUGCACGAGUACGUGGUGAUCAAAUAGCCAUAUUGAAAGCGACUUAUGAGCUCAUGGAACAUAUGAAAACGAGUAAUAUGAAACCAUGGCGUGCAAUGAUCGGACCAUUUUUACAGAUGCCUGUAUUUAUUUCAUUUUUCUUGGGUAUACGUGGUUUAGCUAAUUAUCCACUUGAAAGUAUGAUGACUGGCGGCGCACUAUGGUUUACUGAUUUAACCGUGGCUGAUCCAUUUUAUAUAUUACCGAUUGCAACAGCAUUUACUCUUUUCGCCACACUAGAGCUGGGUAUAGAGACAGGCAUGCGCACAACCAAUCUUGGACCAUUGGGAAGAAAUCUUAUGCGUGCUGUACCAUUUGUUACUUUGUUUUUUACAUGCAAAUUUGCAUCUGCUGUCACAUUAUACUGGCUAACAUCAAAUAUUGUAACAUUGAUUCAAGCUAUAAUACUUCGACAACCAGCUGUUCGUACAUUUUUAAAAAUACCGGACUUACCUCCAAAAGAAGAUAUUCCGAAAAAAAAGAAAAAAGGCUGGACUGCUAUGACUGAUAAUCUUAAACAAAGUAAACUAUUAGCUGAAGUUGAAAAACGUAAACAAGCAGGUGACGACAUAUUUCGACGUGCUGGUAUUAGUUCACCUGUGCCAACAUACAAAUAUGAUCCGACAAAAGUAAAAACAAAUAAUCCGCCACAAAUACGUAAAAUAUAA